GGCUCCAGCACCGCGGAGAGCGCGGGCAGCACCGGGGACAGCGCCGGGGCAGCGGCACCGGGACCGGCACCGGCGGAGGCAGCGGGCCGCCCCCAUGGCGCUGCUUCGCGUCCUCUGCCUCCUCGCCGCGCUCCGACGCAGUCUGUGCACGGACACGGAGGAGCGUUUGGUGGAAUACCUCCUGGACCCCGCACGCUACAACAAACUCAUCCGCCCGGCCACCAACGGCUCGCAGCUCGUCACCGUGCAGCUCAUGGUGUCGCUGGCACAGCUCAUCAGCGUGCACGAGCGGGAGCAGAUCAUGACCACCAACGUAUGGCUGACCCAGGAAUGGGAGGACUAUCGCCUCACCUGGAAGCCGGAGGACUUUGACAACAUGAAGAAGGUCCGCCUGCCCUCCAAGCACAUCUGGCUGCCUGACGUGGUGCUCUACAACAACGCCGACGGGAUGUACGAGGUCUCCUUCUACUCCAACGCCGUCAUCUCCUACGACGGCAGCAUCUUCUGGCUGCCGCCCGCCAUCUACAAGAGCGCCUGCAAGAUCGAGGUGAAGCAUUUCCCCUUCGACCAACAGAACUGCACCAUGAAAUUCCGCUCCUGGACCUACGACCGCACCGAAAUCGACCUGGUGCUGAAGAGCGAGGUGGCCAGCCUGGAUGAUUUCACACCCAGCGGCGAGUGGGACAUCGUGGCGCUGCCGGGACGGCGCAACGAGAACCCGGAUGACUCCACCUACGUGGACAUCACCUACGACUUCAUCAUCCGGCGCAAGCCGCUCUUCUACACCAUCAACCUCAUCAUCCCCUGCAUCCUCAUCACCUCCCUGGCCAUCCUCGUCUUCUACCUCCCCUCCGACUGCGGCGAGAAGAUGACGCUCUGCAUCUCCGUCCUGCUCGCCCUCACCGUCUUCCUGCUGCUCAUCUCCAAGAUCGUGCCGCCCACCUCGCUGGACGUGCCGUUGGUGGGCAAGUACCUCAUGUUCACCAUGGUGCUGGUGACCUUCUCCAUCGUCACCAGCGUCUGCGUGCUCAACGUGCACCACCGCUCUCCCACCACUCACACCAUGCCUCCCUGGGUGCGCACCCUUUUCCUCCGCAAGCUCCCGGCGCUGCUUUUCAUGAAGCAGCCGCAGCAGAACUGCGCACGGCAGCGCCUGCGCCAGCGUCGCCAAACCCAGGAGCGAGCCGCAGCCGCCACGCUUUUCCUCCGGGCCGGCGCUCGUACCUGUGCCUGUUACGCCAACCCUGGGGCUGCCAAAGCCGAGGGGCUCAAUGGCUACCGGGAGCGGCAGGGGCAGGGGCCGGAUCCCCCGGCACCGUGCGGCUGCGGGCUGGAGGAGGCGGUGGAGGGCGUGCGUUUCAUUGCGGACCACAUGCGCAGCGAGGACGACGACCAGAGUGUGAGUGAGGACUGGAAGUACGUGGCCAUGGUCAUCGACCGCCUCUUCUUAUGGAUCUUCGUUUUCGUCUGCAUCUUCGGCACCGUCGGGAUGUUCCUGCAGCCCCUCUUCCAGAACUACACCACCAACUCCCUGCUGCAGCUUGGCCAGGGCACCCCCACCUCCAAAUAGUGCUGGGGAGGGACGGGGGGUGGGGGGACGGAAUGAGCACAGGGGACGGUGAGCUUUGUGCUCUCAGCCCACACUGCAAACCAAUAAACACUGACACCGGA